AUGGCUUCACCACCUUCACCUCUCAUCCCAGAUUCAUAUCAUAUCAACUCUUAUGGUAAUUAUCAAACCCAGCCUCUCAUUCCCCCUACAGAAUUGAUGAACCCUCAUGUUGCCAACCCACAAGCGUAUCAUGUUAAUCAACAUCAUCAUGACCCACUCCCAUUGGUGUUAUUAUCAGAAUUGUCCUUUGAACUCAAUAAUCGAAGGGAAAACAUGCAGGCAUAUCUCCAGUGGCAGAACCUGCAAACCAUCAAUUCAGUUGUGAAUGAAAACACAAAUCAAGUUAACCUCAUUCUCGAUUAUGCUUCAAAGCUUCUGGAUUUGAUCCAUGAAAAGGAGAACGAGGUGGCGGCAACAAACCAUGCAAACUGGGGACUCCAGAUGUGUUUAAAUCAAUAUGACUAUCAAUUGAAAGCUUGGCAGCAGAUAGCACUGGAGAAAGAAGCCCUAGUGGCCAACCUUCAACAACAACUGGUGAUGAUUCAAGAGAGUCAUCAUCAGUUGAUGCUGAAUGCUUCUCAACCUGAUGCAGGUUCUUCAUGUGGUGACCCUUCAAAUGACGUAAUAGAUAGGGAUUGUCAAAUGUGCGGGGAAGAGAUUUCCUCCGUAGUUUUAUUACCUUGUAAACAUUUAUGUUGUUGCAGAACAUGUGAAGCUAAUGUGUACUCUUGCCCUGUGUGUAAAAUGGCCAAGGAAAGCAGUUUAGAGGUUUCCUGGCCUAUGAUCAAGAAAGGGGCAGACUGA